CUAACAGCAAUAGGUCAGUUAAUCACUAGUUAAUUAGAUGAUCACAUCACAUGCAUGAUGCAUGGACGUGUUAAGAAUUGAUAAUUUUUUUGUCAUCAUCUCACUCAAGUUUUGAUCCCUUCUCUUCUCCCUCUCUUCCUCCGGCUCCAUGGGAGGAGCACUUCUGCUCUCUCUGCUCUGCUUCGCCUUCCUCAAAGGAGCAAGGCCUUCGACGUUCACAGUGAAGAACAACUGCGGCUAUACCGUGUGGCCGGGCAUCCUCUCCAACGCCGGCGUGGCACCGCCGUCCACCACCGGCUUCGCGCUCUCCCCGGGCGAGUCCCGCGCCGUGGACGUCGCGGAUGGCUGGUCCGGCCGCAUGUGGGGCCGCACGCUCUGCGUGCAGAGCUCCUCCUCUGGCGCCGGCUUCGCCUGCGCCACCGGUGACUGCGGCUCUGACACAGUCGAGUGCUCCGGCCACGGUGCGGCCCCGCCAGCCACGCUGGCCGAGUUCACGCUCGCUUCCAUCGGAGGCGACGACUUCUACGACGUGAGCCUCGUCGACGGCUUCAACGUGCCGGUGCUGAUCGCGCCGGCGAACGGGAGCUGCCCGGCCACGGACUGCCCCGCCGACCUGAACGUGCAGUGCCCGCCGGAGCUGCGCGUCGUCGUGGCCGGCGAGACAGUGGCGUGCCGGAGCGCGUGCGAGGCGUUCGGGACGGAGGCGUACUGCUGCAGCGGCGAGCACGGGACGCCGGCGAAGUGCGCGCCCACGGCCUACUCCCGGCUGUUCAAGGCCGCGUGCCCGCGCGCCUACAGCUACGCCUACGACGACGCGACGUCCACGUUCACGUGCGCAGGCGGCAGUGCCGGCUACGGCGUCGUGUUCUGCCCCGCCGGCGGGUCGAGUGGGUACCAGGUGUCGCCACCGACAAGUGCCGCCUACCCACCAAUGGUGUUCUCGUCUCAGGGCGCAGAUCCGGCGACAAUCACCCUCCUUCCUCUCCUCAUGGCCAUCUUUCAAGUGAUGUCGAUGCAGUGAACUGGGUGAUCCGAAACAUUCAGCAAAAUUUGCUGGAGGAUGGAACCGGGCUCGGUUGGCAUUCACCCAAACAAACGGCAGAUUCGUCGCGAUACCAACCUGCACCGCAAAGAACACUUCAGGUUCCUCCUCGACCGGGCAGUUCCUCCUCGACUUGGCAGUGGCAUGGUUUCAGAGUGUGUUCUCUCGGAUCCCACCCGAGCAGUAUUAGGCCAUGUGGCAAAUUUUGUUUAGAUGCUCUGUAUUUUGUUGAGAUAUUACAUUUUUCAUAUCGAGGCGCGGACCUAGAGAGAGUCUUCUUCUUUCAGGAGCUGGCAAAUGUGUACAUGAAUAGAUAGAGUGCAAUUAAGUUUGUUCGAGUUUUCACCAUU